AUGCCUGGUUCUGCUCAUAAACCCUCAAACAACCACAUCCCUCCGCAGAAUCCAACUGCCCAAUAUAACCCAAAAAUUCUAUCCGUCAGAAAAUCCCCUGUGGCCAGGAGCUUAUCCACCCCCAUGUCGACAAUGAGAAGGCUCUCAUCUUGUAUCUAUCAGACGAUACAGGCCAAAUACCAUCAGGUCGACGACGUGGCUUCGUCCAUUGGAGAACAAUUUGGAAUGCUCUGCGAUCAUAUCGAAAAUGGCCGCCGGGGCAAUACUCUCAGGGGGUUGCUGCGCCGAUUCAAAAGGUAUCCUGCAUUCGUCCGUGACAUGGGGGGGGUUCCGGUGACUGAUAGGGAAGAUGCGAAAACUGAAAAACUGGACAGUGGAUGA